AUGAAGUUUGCUGGCAUUGCUGCAGUCCUCUUGGUUUCUUUUGCCCUUUUCUCUCUUCUUGACGCCGACUCGCAAGAAGAACCAAUUCUUGCACCAAUACCAGAACCAGUUUACUGUCGUUCGAAACAAAUGUUCAAGGGAUCAUGCAAAGACAGAGGCAGUCCAAGCGCCACUUGUUUCCUUGACUUCUUAGGUGCACGAAGUGCAAGUGAGAUGCCUAAGAACUGCCAUUGCACUCCUAAACCCAAAAACAUGCGUCUUUGUGAAUGUCAAGUUGUUUGCAAGGAUUGUUGUAAUUAA